AUGGCGCUCUCAAAUCCCGCGAGCCUUGGGCUGCUCGAAGCGACGACGUCGAACGCGUGCAGCUACGUGAGCCUGGCUUCGACGCUCUUGCCGUUUUUUACCAACAUCACCAAGUGCAGCUCGGCGACCAACUACACGCUGACACCGCCCACGGCGUGGCCGACGGCGGCGCAGACGCCCGUGCUUUGCUCGGACCCGGCGUGCACGGCGACGUUGAGCAGCCUCGAGACGGCUGCGCUUCCCAACUGCACACUAACGAUCCAAGGGUCGACGUACACGAUGCCUGCGUUUGUACGCAGCCUCGCGGCGUCGUGCCUUCCGUCGGCGAUGUCGGGCUCGCCCGCCAUGAACGCCGGCAACGAUCCCAGUACGCUUCCAGAUGCCGCGACGAGCGCGUCGCACGACACCUUGCCGGCAACGACAUCGUCGCGCCAAGCGCGCAAGCUCUCUCAAAUGACUGUGCUUGCGGUGGUGCUCUUUGGUACAAUCGGCUACAGUAUGUAAAGCGGGCGGAGCUGUUGGGAUUUCUCUAGCUGCCUUCCUGAACGAGCGCCGUAACCACUGUAAUAUCGUCCAUCUUGCCACCCG